UGAGGCCGCAGUCCAGCCGGUCCGAGGGCUGUGUCAGACAGUGCGGCUGCCAUGGCGUCCUAUUUCGAAGAACACGACUGCGAGCCGUUGGACCCCGAGCAGGAGGCUCGAACCAACAUGCUGCUGGAGCUUGCAAGGUCACUUUUCAAUAGGAUGGACUUUGAAGACUUGGGAUUGGUUGUAGACUGGGAUCACCACCUGCCUCCACCUGCUGCUAAGACUGUAGUUGAGAACCUCCCUAGGACAGUCAUCAGGGGCUCUCAGGCUGAGCUCAAGUGUCCCGUGUGUCUUUUGGAAUUUGAGGAGGAGGAGACUGCCAUUGAGAUGCCUUGCCAUCACCUCUUCCAUUCCAACUGCAUUCUGCCCUGGCUAAGCAAGACAAAUUCCUGCCCCCUGUGCCGCCAUGAACUGCCCACUGAUGAUGACACUUAUGAGGAGCACAGACGAGAUAAGGCUCGCAAGCAGCAGCAGAAGCACCGACUUGAGAACCUGCAUGGAGCCAUGUACACAUGAGAUGGCUGGGGCUGAGCACCCGUCCUCCACAACAUCUUCCUGUUGCACCUCAAUUCCUCAUUAAAGGUUUCUUUACCCACCCUGUGGCUGCGUUGCUCACAGGCCUAGGCAGGGGCUCUGCACUCUCUACUAGGUCCCUACUGCUAUUGAGGAAGGGGGUCCUGAACCACAGAAGGCAGCAGGCUGCAUAUCCCUCCCUGCCAAGCCUGCUGCCAUGAGGGCAGUGGAGCCCAAGUCAAGAACCUGGCCACUGGAUCAUCCAGGGCUUGGGCCUGUGUGUCUGUGGCUGGAAAGCAAAAUGUGUCAGGGUCUGGCAGCCAGUAGCUACUUAAAGAUGGUAAA